AUGUCUCAGCAGGUCUUUAGAGAAGUGGAGAGGGGCAACCUGGUGGCUGUGAGGAAGUUGCUGGCGUCCAACCCCAACUGUGUCAACAUCGUCAAUGCUGGGGAGAACAGGACACCACUGCACGUAGCCUCCUGGCACGGCUUUGAUCACAUAGUCAAGCAGCUGCUGCAGCGCAGCGCGCGGUACGACGCGCAAGAUCGCUUUGGCAACACGCCCCUGCACCUGGCCUGCGACAGUGGCAGCCUGGAAACAGUACAGCAACUCCUGGGGCCAGGCCGGAAGACGGCCGUGCGGAUCAAGAAUAGGGAUGGCCAGACGCCAUUGCAUGUCGCUGUUCUUGGUGGCCUGGAGGACAUUGUGAAAGAGUUGUUGGUUGCAGGAGCGCAGACUGACGUGAAGGACAAGGAUGGCCACACGCCCAUCGAGUAUGUGCCAGAGCACUUUGAGAGCCUGAUCGACCUCCUGAAGAGCCAGCAGGGAUCUGCAAUCGAGGCAGCCAAGCCACGCACACCGCGUGGCCAGUCGGACAGCUGGAAGAACCCUCGGCAGGCUCAGAAUGGCCAGCCACUGAGUGCGCGGAAAAACUCCCGGACAUCAACAUCCUCGCCUGAGCCGAAGCUCAGCACGGGGCCGGUCUCCCCUCGGCCACUGAGCGCAAGGAGGCGGGGCCGGAAAUCGCCUUCCCCAUCGCCUGAGCCGAAGCACAACGGGGCACCUGCAACCCCACAGCCCCUCAGCGCCAGGAAGAUCCGCCAGCUGACCUCAUCGCCCGAUGGCACCAAGGCGCAGCAGAACAGCCGGGGCCAGACACAGAACGCCGGCAGGAACAGGACUGCUGUGCUGCAGAGGUCGUCCAGCCAGAAGUCCCUGGGGCGUGAGUCGAUGAAGUCGAAGGCCUCUCCCAGGACGUCCACCAAGCUGACACAGGUUCAGGACCUGCAGCGCGAGCUGAGGGAGCUGAGCGGCAGGAUGGAGAUGUUCGAGGACGCGUUCACGCACAGCAAGGAGGAGGCAGGAGAGGUGCAAGUGGAGAUCGAUGGGCAUGACAGGCAGCUGGCUGAGUUGGACCAACGCCUCUCGCUGCACGAGUCCCACCUUCGCGAGGUGAGGCCACAGGUGCAGGAGCUGGGCAAGGACGCGCGGCGCACCAAGGACCAGUACGACCACUUCCAGUGGGCAGUGCAGUCGUGGCGCGAGUCAGUGCAGAGCCAGCUAGACCUGUUGGACGGCCGGGUGAAGGACCUGGAGGAAGAGGAGGGGCAUGUUGCCGACAGGGAGGAGCUCAGAGCAAAGCACAUCGAGGAG